AUGAACCAAUUCUGCGACUCCCACAACGGUUUCGCCAUCCUGCAAACCGGCCAAAUUCAACCAACGCCAAAUGUCCUCUCAGCGUCUGACAAUUUGAAUGCACAGAAUAUAAAUAGCUUAUUGGAUGACGGCACCACGAUUUAUGUACAGCCUACUCGUCCUAAGAAGAGCACCGAACCCUCUUCGGAUUCGACAAAAAAGAAAACUCAACUCUCUUCGAACCCAGCAAAGGAGAAUGCUUAA